AUGCUAGGUAAAAUAGCUAGAGUGUCACUACUAGUUGGAGCUGUUUUAACUAUAGCUCCUAACAGUCCCCUAAGAACGCUGGUGGCUUUUGCAAUUAUAGGAUAUUUAAUAACAUAUCUGAUCAUACCAAAAGUAGGUCCAAGUUUUAUAAAAAUCGGGUUAAAAGGAAAAGAUAUGUCAAAGCCUCCUCCAGUGAGUGAGAUACCAGAAACUAUGGGACUUGUAGCUGCAUCAACUUACUUAUUUUUAAUGUUUGGUUUAAUUCCAUUUAUAUUUUUCAAAUAUCUUGUUUCUUUCGGAUCCUGGGCAAAUGAUGAACAAAUGACAGAAAAUUAUGAGAAUCAAUAUCAAGCUUUAAAAGACAAUAAGUUAUUUCCCCACAAUAAAUUAGCUGAAUACUUGAGUGCUAUUUUAUGUCUACAAAGCACUACAUUAUUGGGAUUAUUGGAUGAUUUGUUUGAUAUUCGUUGGAGACAUAAAUUCUUUUUACCUGCAGUGGCAUCAUUACCCUUGUUGAUUGUUUAUUAUGUUGAUUUUAGUGUAACUUCAAUUGUUGUGCCUAAGUUUGUUACAGAUUUUCCUGGAGGUUUAUAUUUCUUAGAUAUUAUAAACUUUUUUGUCAAGUAUGGGAAUCAUGCUGUGACAUCAAUUACAGGAUUAUCGUUCAGAACUUUACAAACGGACUAUGCUGUUCCAGAUGAUGCACCUAAAUUGAUUGACUUGGGGAUUUUUUACUACGUUUACAUGUCAGCCAUAUCGAUAUUUUCACCGAAUUCAAUCAACAUUUUAGCAGGUAUAAAUGGAUUAGAAGUUGGUCAAUCAGUUGUUUUAGCUAUAAUAUUUUUGAUUAAUGACUUUUGUUAUUUGUUUACUGAAAACAUCCCUCAAGCAGCAUAUGAUUCACAUUUAUUUUCUGUUAUAUUCAUUAUUCCAUUCUUAGGAGUUUCAUUAGCUUUGUUGCAGUACAAUUGGUUUCCUGCUAAAGCAUUUGUUGGAGAUACAUAUUGCUAUUUCAGUGGUAUGGUAUUCGCCAUUGUUGGUAUUUUAGGUCAUUUUUCAAAAACAUUAAUUAUUUUUUUGGUGCCUCAAAUUUUGAACUUCAUCUACUCGGCUCCUCAAUUAUUUCAUAUUGUUCCAUGUCCUAGACACAGGCUACCUAAGUUUAAUGUUAAAGAUGGAUUAAUGUAUCCGAGCCUUGGAGAAUUGAAAAAGCCAAACCGUUUAAAUAAGCUUAUUUUGAAUUUACUUGGAUUGGUUAGGCUUAUCAAAUUAGAAAGAGAUCCCAAACUGGGUGAAAUAAUCAAAUUUUCUAAUAUGACUAUAAUAAAUCUUUGCUUAGUUUGGUUCGGUCCAAUGAGGGAAGAUACUUUAUGUUUAGUAUUAUUGGGUAUACAAUUUUUUGUUGGACUAUCAAUGAUCAUUGUUAGACAUACUGUAGGUCCAUGGUUAUUUGGGUACGACAACUUAUCUUGGGGAGUUAAAUAA